CUGACUUUUACAGUACACUGCAAAACAUUCUCACAGGAUUUUACCCAGACCUCUUGAGUCACUUCUCUUUCAGAUUCUGAAUUUUCUUCUUUAAAUUUCUUAAUGCCUUGCAACACUCUGCCCAUUUUACAGAACAUCUACUGCAAUUUGACAGGAGUCACACUGGACAGCACUUUGUUAUUACACAAAGCUGAGCUUGUGCCAACAAACAUUAUAGAAACAUUCUAGAAGGCUAUGAGUUGUUUUUCUGUUUGUGUCUGGUACGCUAAACGGUGAAGCAAAUCACUUUACAACUUACAGACAACAUCAAUCAUCCUUUGAGAAGAAAUGGAAAACGUAGCCUUUAAUUUGUAUGAUAUGAACUUCAGUGAUAUGUUUGAAAACUACAGCAGUGACUGGUACUCUUACAUUGAGCCUGACAUAAGGCCCUGCACCCUCGUAAUUAGUGGCAAUUGGAUCAACAUGGCUCUGGCUGGUAUCUAUAGCCUGGUGUGCUUCCUCGCUGUGACAGGGAACAUUAUUGUAAUGAUUGUUCUACUUUAUCAUCAACGUACCAUAUCAUCCACAGACACCUACCUGCUACAUCUGGCAGUGGCUGAUUUGCUCUUUGCUGUGACCUUGCCUUUUUGGGCAGUGGAUGCCGUAUCUGGCUGGAUGUUUGGUGAUGCCAUGUGUAAAAUUAUCAGCAUGUUACAGGAGAUUAACUUCUACAGUGGGAUUUUAUUGCUGGCUUGUAUCAGUAUUGAUCGUUUUCUGUCCAUUGUCUACGCUACACAGACCCACAAGCAGAAGAGACCAUUUAUAUCUCAGCUGGUUUGUGCUGCUGUUUGGUUGAUGGCUUUUGUCUUGUCUUUACCAGUUUUAUACAAAGGUGAAUUUACUCCACCUGGUUCCACAAGACAGAUGUGUUAUGAGAUGCUUGUUGGGGAAUUAGCUGAAAGGUGGAGAAUAGUCACCAGAUUUUUGCGGCAUUUUAUUGGGUUUGUCAUCCCUCUCGCCAUCAUGAUUUUCUGUUACAGUGUGACAAUCCAGAAACUGUUUCAAACGAAGGGAUCACAGAAAUAUAAAGCCAUGAAAGUCAUCAUCGUGGUGGUGGUGGCUUUUCUCAUUUGUUGGUUCCCACACAAUAUUACUGUGUUCUUCGACACACUGAUGAGGAGCCAACUCAUUGCUGAGACUUGUGAGAAGCGUAAUCAUAUUGACCGAACUCUAUUGGGAACUCGAAGUUUGGGAUUCCUGCACAGCUGCAUUAAUCCAAUUUUAUAUGCAUUCAUCGGGGUGAAAUUCAGGACGAAUCUGCACAAAAUUUUGGAGAGUAAAGGAAUUAUUAAACAAAGAAGAAUGGCACAAUAUAGGAGAUCUGUAUCUUUCUCCUCUGAAGUUGGACUAAUUUCAAGCAACAUAUAGAACCUUUGUGAUCAGGUUACUGCAACCAAUCAGUAAGAUACCAAGUAUAAAUAAAUAAAGUGAAUGGACUGAGCUAUCCAAGACUCAACAGUAACGAUGCUGUGCAGUGUUCAGAAAUGAUCAGAAUAAAUUGGCAUAUCCUGCAUGGUUUAUUGUUUUAAUAUCAAAUGUGUAAUACUUAGAAAUAAGGCUUACCUCUUUCCAGUGUAGGAGUUCUGGACCUGAUGGUGCACCAAUCUCCAUUGCAUAUUCUGAUUAAUUUUUAAAAAAAUUUAAUUGAUAGGGUGUGGAUGGCACUGGCUAGCAUUUAUUACCUGCUGCUGGAAAUUCAUUCCAUACACGAAGCACUCUGUGUAAAACAAUUGCCCGCAUGUGUUAUUAAGAUCUUUCUCCACUCACUUUAAUUGUCCAGAGGCUGGUUAAGAGUCAUCCACAUUGCAGUGAUUCUGCAGUCAGAUGUAGACCAGACCAGAUAAGGAUAGCAAAUUGCGUUCUCAGAAGGGAACUUUCUUAAGCCAAGAACAAAUUAAUGUGAAUACUGGAUGUUGAAAAUAGACACAGAGAAAACUGGAAAUUCUCAGCAUGUCUAGCAGCAAUCAUGUUCUGAAGAAAUGUCAUCAACCUGAAAUGGUAACUCUGUGUUACUCUAUUGUGAUGAAACGUGUAUAGUGCAUUAUAUUUUGAGUUUUUUUUUAGAAAUAGAGGGCAAAUGGAUAUGGAUAAGUUCUGAGAAUUAAGUAUUUUGAAGCAGGUCAGAAGUUAUUUUCUUCAGCAUUGAGUCAUAGAAUCAUAUAACAUGGAACCAGACCCUUCAAUCAAACCAGUCCAUGCCAACCAUAAUCCAAAAUUAAACUGGUCCCACCUGCCUGUGCUUGUCCCAUAUCCCUCUGAACCUUUCUUAUUCAUGUACUUAUCUAAACGUUUUUUAAAUAUUGUAACUGUACCUGCAUCCCUCACUUCCUCUGGAAGUUCAUUCCAUACAUGAACCACUCUGUGUGAAACAAUUGCCCGCAUAUGUUUUUUAAAUCUUUCUCCUCUCACCUUAAAAUUAUGCUCUCAAGUCUUGAAAUAUCCCACCCUUGGGAAAAUAAACCUGCCAUUCACCUUAUCUGUACCACUCAUGACUUUAUAAACCUUUGUACAGUCACCACUCAACACCCUAUGCUUAAGUGAAAAAAGUCCCAGCCUAUCUUUGUAACUCAAACCUUCCAUUCCUGGUAACAUCCUGGUAAAUCUCUUCUUAACCCUCUCCAGCUUAAUAAUAUCCUUCCUAUAACUGGGUGACCAGAACUGGACACAGUACUCCAGAAGAAGCCUCACCAAUAUCCUGCACAAACUCAACAGAACAUUCUACAUGUAAAUCAUUUGUAUAAAUGACAAGCAAAAGUCAGCCCAAAACCGAUCCCUGCGUAACACCACAAUUUCCUCCCCAACUUCCCAACAUGUCUUCCCAGAGAUUUAUCCACUUUUAUAUUUUAAUAAAACCUCCAGAACUUCCUCUUCAGUAAUGUGAACUGUUUUCAAAACAUCGAUAUUUAUUGCCUUGAGUUCUCGAUCCUCCAUUUCUUUCUCCACAGUAAAAAUUGCAAUGAAAUACUCAUUGAAUAUCUCUCCUUUCUCCUGAGGUUCAACACAAAGAUGAUCUCUUUGAUUUUUAAGGGGCCUUACUCCCUCUCAAGCUGCUCUCUUGAUCUUAAUGUACUUGUAGAAUCUCUUUAGAUUAUCCUUAACCUUAAUUGCCAAGGCUAUCUCAAGUCCUCUCUUCGCCUUCCUGAUCUUCCUCUUAGGAAUGCUCCUACACUCUCUACACUGUUUGAGAGAUUCAUUUGAACCCAGUUGUUUAUAACCAAUAUAAGAUUCUUCUUUAUUCUUGACUAGAACUUCGAUAUUCAUCCACUGUUCUUUAAACCUACCCGCAACCUAAAUGCAUCAAUUUUAAAAAAGCAUGUCAGUGGAGGCGAUAGUCUACUGGUAUUAUUGCUGGACUGUUAAUCCAAAGACACAGAUAAUGUUCUGGGGACACUGGUUUGAAUUUGAAUUCAAUAAAAAUCUGGAAUUAAGAGUCUCAUGAUGACCUUGAAAGCGUGCCCGAAUGUUGGAAAACCCAUCUGGUUCAUAAUGUCCUUCAGGGAAGGAAACUGCCAUCCUUACCUGGUCUGGUCUAUAUGUGACUCUGGACCCACAACAAUGUGGUUGACUCUGAACUGCUCUCUGGGCAAUUAGGGAUGGGCAAUAAAUGCUGGCCUAGUCAGCAAUGUCCUCAUCAAGUGCCUGAGCAAGGUCUGUAAGUGCUAAUUAUGAAAUAUUUCAACCGCUGAGCUUACACCGGGCAAAAAUAUCCAUUAGUUUUGUUUUGACUUCAGAAUAGAAGGUUCAAGGUGUCCGUUCAUAAGAAUGAGGACUUCAGGUCAUAUGGGAAAACAAUUUCUCUGAAAGGAGUUUAAGGGAAUGAGUGACCCGAGCCAAAGUGUUUGAAUUUAUGAAUCUUCCAAGCAAGGUGAAAUUGGACAGAAAUCUUCAAGUUGUUAGAACAGAAAAAAGCUUAGGAUGUCAGAACUAUGAGAGGUCCUUGUUAGUGGAAAGAAAUUGUAAAAUUGUCUCUGCAGUCCAAGCAAGGGAAACUGUGAUGGGUUGGUUAAAAUUAAAAGGAAGCUUGAGAUAAGAGCAAAAUUUCUUUGGAAUUGAAUAUCUGUUACAGGAUAGUUUUGGGGAACAGGGUGAAGCUUUGAUUUACUGCAUUUGUUAAGAUUUUUCUAACUGUCUUAUAAAUAUAUAUCUUUUCUCUUUUGUGCAAUAAACUUAUGUCUUGUUGUUAAA